AUGCUGGGUCGCUGUGGUCGACAGGCCUCGCGCCUGCUCCCGCGUCCUGCCACCACCACUCCUCUCCGACCGCUCCCCGUGCAAUGGCAUCGCAUGGUGUCGUCAGCCUCUGGAGAUGGUCAGCAAACGCUCCUCUCCGCGUCGCUCAAAGAAGCUGACCCCACGGUUUUCAGCAUCGUCCAAAAGGAGAAAAAACGCCAGCAGCACUUUAUCAACUUGAUCCCCUCCGAGAACUUCACGUCCCAGGCCGUUCUGGACGCCCUGGGCAGUGUAAUGCAAAAUAAAUACUCCGAGGGAUAUCCCGGUGCCAGAUACUACGGUGGAAACGAGUUUAUCGAUGAGGCCGAGAGGCUCUGCCAGCAACGCGCUCUUGAAACUUUCCGUCUGAACCCCGAGGAAUGGGGUGUCAAUGUACAGCCUCUUUCUGGUUCCCCCGCCAAUCUGUAUGCCAUUUCCGCCCUCCUCAACACACACGACCGUCUGAUGGGUCUGGAUCUCCCCCAUGGAGGCCAUCUAUCCCAUGGUUAUCAGACCCCCACCAAGAAGAUCUCCUUCAUCUCCAAAUACUUCGAGACCCUGCCCUACCGUCUGGAUGAGUCGACCGGUCUGAUCGAUUACGACGCCCUCGAGAAGCAGGCCCUGCUUUACCGUCCCAAGCUCAUCAUCGCCGGUACCUCGGCCUACAGCCGUCUGAUUGACUACGCCCGCAUGCGUCAGAUUGCCGACCAAGCCGGGGCCUACCUCCUCAGUGAUAUGGCGCACAUCUCCGGUCUGGUCGCCGCCGAUGUGCUCCCCUCUCCAUUCGCUUAUUCCGACGUCGUGACCACCACUACCCACAAGUCCCUCCGCGGUCCUCGUGGAGCCAUGAUCUUCUACCGCAAGGGCGUCCGCCGGACGGACAAGAAGGGCAACCCGGAGAUGUAUGACCUCGAGGGCCCCAUCAACGCUUCGGUCUUCCCCGGCCAUCAAGGUGGCCCUCACAACCACACCAUCACUGCGCUGGCUGUUGCUCUGCAGCAGGCGCAGUCGCCCGAGUUCAAGGCCUACCAGGAGACGGUCCUGGCCAACGCCCAGGCCCUCUCCGAGCGCCUCGGCGGUCCCCUCAGCAGCGGGGGGCUAGGCUACAACAUCGUCUCCGGCGGCACCGACAACCACCUUGUCCUGGUUGACCUGAAGAACCGUGGCGUGGACGGAGCCCGCGUCGAGCGUGUCCUGGAGCUGUGCGGGGUUGCCAGCAACAAGAACACCGUCCCCGGUGACCGCUCCGCUCUGAAGCCCGGCGGUCUCCGCCUGGGAACGCCCGCGAUGACCACUCGGGGAUUCCAGCCCGAUGACUUCCGCCGGGUUGCGGAUAUUGUCGACCGGGCCGUGACGAUCACACAGAAGCUGGACAAGACGGCCCGGGAGAGUGCCACUGCCAAGGGAGUCAAGAACCCCAAUACCGUCAAGGCGUUCCUGGACUACGUUGGCGGAGGGGAGGAGAUUUCCGAGAUUGUGCUGUUGCGACAAGAAGUGGAGGAUUGGGCGGGUACCUUUAGUCUUCCAUGGGCGAAGGAUUAGAUUUUUUUUUUUUUUAUGUAUUAUGUUUCAACACUGAUGAGAGCCUCAACGUUAGAUUUCUUUUUAUUUCAAUAUCCUACUUUAUUUAUUACUGAAUUAAGAACCUCCACGGAAUUUAUAUCACGUCAAACUGUGUCCGGUGCUAGAGCUUAGAUGAUUAUGCGACCGGUGGAUGCCCAAAUAUUUCCCUUUGCGGAAAAAACUGAUGGUAUACAGAAAUUCGGCUGCCUAUUUUUUCUUGUAAUGCCU